CGCAAACAUACGGACCGGUCAGCUUGUGAGAGUGAGGAAAGCAAAGCAGGUAAUCAGCCACGGCACCCACCUUCUCACUGCAUCCCAUUCUGGCAUCUGCAAAAAAGACCACAAUCACCUUUGUCAUUAAGCAACACCGAUCGGAAAAGAAACAUGAAAAGGCUCACAAUGGAUUUUUGGAGACGGGUUUUUAAGAAGCAGAUGAAUGAGGUGAAGCCAAAUGAUAUCUGGAGGCUGACAAUGGAUCGCAGGAUUGAAUUUCACAGCGUGGAACCCGGGUGGACGGAAGCAUUUCAGGAGCAUGCUCAUGGAAGAUUUACCUGUUCCGGAUGCUGGCACAGCUGGUCCUCAUACCAAGUUCUUAUCUUGUUCCACAUUCAAUGGGACAGUUUUGAGAGGCGAGGACACGUCAAGAUGAAGCGCUUUGGUCAACGGUGCCACGAAUGUUCUCUGGACACGUACGAAGAGCCACAGUUCUCUGAGGACGACGUUGCUGACAUCUUGAAAGACUUGAUUCUUGACAUAAGGGAGAAGUGCUAUGGGGAGCAGGUGGACCGCAGUCAGCUCUCUAAGGUGGUCUGUCACGAGGGUGGUCCGCAUAAGCGCGAGUUUUGUGAAGGGUGCCAGCUGGGAAUCCACAAAGGACAACAAGGACGGUCGAAGCAAGCAGAGCACCAUGGGAAACCCCAAAGCACAGGGUAUCCGGCGACCAUUAUACAGAUAGAAACAUCAAGUCCAUCAUUCCCGAGGUCCUCAGCCCCAUCAUUCACAGGGUCUUCAGCCCCAUCCUUUCCCUGGUCCUCAGUCCCAUCAUUCCCAAGGCCCUCAGCCCCAUCAAUCACAGGGUCCUCAGCCCCAUCAUUCCCACGGCCCUCAGCCCCAUCAUUCACUGGGUCUUUACCCCCAUCAUCCACAGGGUCCUUGGCCCCAUCAUCCACAGGGUCCUCAGCCCCAACACAGGGUUGCAAUUACUGUCUUUGGGCUGUAAUUCUAAUUAUAGCAGUAUUUAUAAUUUCAAUUAUAAUUUUCAUUGCCUAUAUGCUUUCUUUCAUUACCUAACUGGUUCCGGUGAUAGCAGAGCAGGCAGGGAAUUUAAACUGCAAUGCAAAUUCAGGCACCCACCCCUGCUGGCUUGGCCUGGCGUGACUUUAGAAGCCCUGUCGCCUCCUGUACAAAAGCUGUCGAAUGUCUGAAUAUGCCUUUCUGUAUUCUGAAACUAUUACACCAGUGGCAAAUUGUGACGGUGUAAGAGUUGCCUUUUCUUCCCUUUUCUUUCUUUGCUACUCGAACAGAAUGUCGUUCAAUCAAUCAAUCAAUCAAGUAA